AUGUUUCAGCAAGUCACGCAUGUAGUUGCUGAAACUGUCAGUUUCCAAAAAGUAGACAAUGUUACUCAGUAUCAAUCAGUCAGUCAAACAAAACUUAAUCUUGUACCAAACUACGAUAGCGAAGGUACUUCUAACGAAGAUAAGCCACAAGUAUACGAUAAUAGCGUACGAGAGCGAAGAUUGUGUCCUAGGAAUGAUCCAAUUAUUAUUUCCCCUCGAUACACUGAUGAGAGUGAUUUAGAUGACGAUAUAGAGGACCCAACUUACAACUUUGAGGACAAAUUUGCUAACUUUUCUGGUCAUAUAAAUAAGAAUUAUUUAUUACCAUCGCAUUCGAACUCAGAUACUGAUUCUACAGACCAGCACGUCAAAGAAGGUCGCAAGAGGCGGAAACGUCCAGAAAACUGGAGACAAAACCGAAUAAAGAUAAAGCAAAACAAGGGUCAAUCCUACAAAUCUAUGUCUAAGACUCAAAAAUCUUCCCAGCUUGAUGUUUGA